AUGGACGAGAACACUUUUGGCACGGGGUUCGAAGAUGGCGGCGUUGAGCUUCACGUUCAAGCAGGAGACGUCAUGAUCAUUCCGGCCGGUGUUGCCCACAAGACAUACGCCGCCAAGCCUGAUGCCGAAUUCAAGCUUAUGUCGCCAGGAGAUGCACACAGCCUGCCUCCCGAUGUCAGGUCUAGGCUUGGUGAUAUUGAAUUAAGUGGUUUUACCAUGAUGGGCUCGUAUCCUAAGAACGGAGGCGCGUGGAAUUUCGCUGUCGGUGGUGAAGGCGCCGCCGCGUAUGCCGGCGUCUGGUCGAUUCCGCCUCCUGACUAG